AUUAUAUAGCUAUUUUUUAGUUAAUUGAUCAGCAAUUGACUGAUACUGAACAUACACUGAUGUUAAUUAACUUCUUUUUUAAAUUAUUCAUUUAUUUUCUCAGUUUUCAUUUCUAUAAUUGGUUGACAGUGUAAUAAGUUGUAUGAACAAUGUUAAAUAGACUUUAAUAGAGUAAUUUCUUUAAGAUACAGCCUUGUAAGUAGUUUUGCAUAGUCGUAUUGGUGCCAAACCCACAUGUAACAGGUCAGCUUUCAUUCAAGAGCGGAAAUUCUCUAUAUCAGCUCCUGUAUCUGUAAUCAGUGAUUUUUUUCCCUGUCAAAUCAAUAUUGGUCUCAAAAAAUCCUGUAUCAGUCAGGCUGUGUUUGCAUAGCACACCUUGUAUUGUCUUGCUCUCUAUCUAUAACACUCUAAUGUGUGGCCCAGCCUAUAUGAGCAGUAUUAUCUCACUCCUCGUGGGAAAACGUUUCUUUAUCUUUUCCCUCUGGCUGCUCUUUGGUUUAUUACGCUGCAGGUUUAUUACAUUCACAGAGCGGCACUACUGAUUCAUCAAGACUUUUAACCAGUGGAUGCUUCUUUUUCCAAUUUUAUUAGGUUGUAACUGGCUGGUAGCAUUGUGUUUUCAAGUUCAAAGUAACCUUAGUUGUCUUCUGUGUGCACAUGAGCCAUUCAGCUCUCAGUGUAGUACAUAACCACAAGGCAUGUGAUAAAAUUUUAAGUCUUUUUAAGAUGCUUAUCUAUCACUAUUACUGUUACUGCAAUUCUAUCACGUUGCUAACAGUAUUUCUGCAUCUCUGUCCAGGUCAGUGCCAGGUGGCCACCCCUCAGUGCCGUAUCCAGAAGUGCACCACUGACUUCGUCUCCCUGACCUCCCACCUGACGCCGGCCGUGGAUGGCUUUCACAUUGAGUUUUGCAAAGCUUUACGUGCAUACUCAGCCUGCACCCAGAGGACCGCCAAGUCCUGUCGGGGGAACCUCGUCUUCCACUCGGCUGUGCUGGGCAUCUCCGACCUCAUGAGCCAGAGGAAUUGCUCCAGAGACGGGCCCACAUCCUCCACGCACCCCGAGGUCCCACACGAGCCCUGCAACUACCACAGCCGCACCCAGCACGCCCACGCACACUCCCACGUGCACGCACACACGCACUCCCACGCCCAUGCUCACGGCCACGGCCACUCUCGGCCUGUCUACCUGUUCUGCGGGCUCUUCGGGGACCCACACCUGAGGACGUUUAAGGACAGCUUCCAGACCUGCAAGGUGGAGGGGGCGUGGCCUCUCAUCGACAAUGACUAUCUGUCCGUACAGGUCACUAAUGUUCCCGUGGUACCUGGCUCCAGUGCCACAGCAACCAAUAAGAUCACCAUCAUCUUUAAGCCCUAUGAGGGUUGUACAGACCAAAGGGUCUACCAAGCCGUCACUGACAACCUCCCAGCUGCCUUUGAUGACGGAACCAUAAGCAGCGGAGACCCCAUCCACAUUUCUGCUGGUGCAGAAGGUGCAACUGGGAAGGUCCGGGCUCUGUGGAUCUCUGAGCGCAGCCCAGGGCGCCACGUGGAGCUGCACGCCGGAUACAUCGGCGUAACUGUAAUCGUUCGCCAGCUGGGCCGCUACCUGACCCUGGCGGUGCGGAUCCCAGAGGAGCUGGCUCAGGCCUACGAUGCCACCCAGGACCUGCAGCUCUGUCUGAACGGCUGCCCCGGCGGAGAACGCAUAGACCAGGCGGGGCACCUCCCCCUGCCCCUCUCUCCUGCUGCGCUCGGCCUGCAGCUUCAGCAGCUGCGUCGGCCUAGCUACUCCUCACAGACACAAGCAUCCCCCUACGGUGCCACGCAGGUUUUCAGUGUGGAGGGGGCGAGGGAGCUCUGCAGGGAGCAGCUGGAGGUGCAGGACAUUUACUUCCACUCCUGUGUGUUUGAUCUCCUCACCACCGGGGAUGCAAACUUCACAGUGGCAGCGUACAGCGCGCAGAAGGACAUGGAAAGUCUUCACCCACACCGGGAUAGAUGGAGGAUCUACCCCCGCGGCUCAGCCACCUCCGCCUUACACUCUGAUUCUAUCAAACGGCUGGCUCUGAUCCUGCUGUGUGCUCUGAGUGUGGCACUGAUGUAAGAGCGGGAGUGGGAGACUUGUGUAUGUGUGUGCACUAGAGAGAGAGUGUUGGGAGGUUUUUUUUGCUGAGCACUGAUACUGAUACUCUCUCAUGUAGAGAGGAAACAGAAGGCUGGACAGUUACUGGGAACUAGUGUUUUUGGCACAGGAGGUACUGGCAACACUAACUGUUCCUUACCUGGCAGAAUCAGCCCUCUGGGGAAUAACAGAAGAUGUGAUGACGGCUUUCACAAUCUGUCUUCAUCUUUGGAUAAGACUCUUGACAAUGACACAAACGUACCUGUGUGGGUGAAUAGACUCCAAACUGUAAAUAGCUUGUGUAAUGGCGUAGAGUUUUUGUGUCAUUCGAUGUGAUUUUUCUUUGAUACCUCAGACAGAGGAUGUUUGUUUUAACAGAAGCACUUUAUUUAGUUUUUUUUUUUUUUUAAACAAAUCCACAUCAGUGUUUCUUCCUCUCACUUACUGUCCUCCACCAAAAUCUCCAACAGCUCAAGUUUUGGAGACCAUCUAUAAUUUUUAUAUGCUUUUUUGAUCCUUUCAAAGUAAAAGUCUGUUGAACACAAGGAGCUGCCAUUUUUGUUAAAAAUGCAUCAUUCUUCCCGUGGCUGAUUUGACUCUCAUUUUAAGUCAGUUAAUGUGAGUUGUUCUGUUCUGAAUGUAUUAUGAAUAUUGUAACAGCAAAUGCCAUCAGUACUAUUUUGUUGCUGUAUGAAUUUGUUGCUUUUCCUCAGUCCUGAUUUCAAAUGUGUGUGCGUGUGAAAGUGCGUGGGUGCGUCAGUGUUUUGUUUUUUUACCAGUUGAUGACAUGUUUGUUUCCUUUGAGAUCAUGUCAUAGGUAUUUCCACCUUUUUGCCAAGCGGCUCAUGUUUGUUGCUCUCCGUAUUCUUUGUUGUGUUAAUUUGAGCCAAAGACAGAUAAUGUAUGGUUUUUAUGUAUAAAGGAGAUCAUAACUCACCACCAAACCAGCACCCUUCUCCUGCUAACAGUUUCUCCUGUUUUUAAAGUUGCUACUGUAUACUGUUUUACUCCUACUGCCAGAAUUGACAAGCUGCUCCUUCCUGGGAUACGUGUAAGACACUGCAGUGUGAACAAAACACUGCAAAUCACUGAGAAUGUUACCACACAGUCUGCUUAGAUAUAUGUGGGAAAUAAAUGCUAUUUGAUACCUAGAUAGACAUGCCAACCCUCAAGAUUAUGAGUAUUUUUAAGAUGUAACAUUCUGUAUAAUUAUGCCCCAUUUGGUCAGCCAUAUCAGCUUAGUCUCAGUUUUUGGCAAUGUGAUCUCUUACAUCACGUGUGAGUGUCAGUUUGGUAAAGAGUGACUGGUCAAUGUUGAAAUACUUAACUUAUUUAUGAACGUAGUGUCCUGUAGAGGAAGUUAAGCUCCAUAUUCUUGCUGUUGUUGGAUAAUAAUUUAAAAAAAUGUCAGAUGUGAUUGUACUGCCACUUAGUGGUGCUCUGUUGCUAUGUCAGUGUGUUACUCAAGGCGCUCAAAAAAAGAGAAAACAUGGAGGAAAAAAAACUGUGUGCAAGUGUUUUAUUUAAAAAACAAUAAAGUAAAAACGAUCCAA